AUGAUACAAAGUAAUAUCUUAUACAGUAUUACCAACAUCACAAUGCAAUCACGUGUCCUCCGUCAAAAGUCUGAACGUAUCAACCAAUUGGCUGGUAAGAAGAUGGAACAAAAGAAAAAGGAAGGUGGUAUCUCUUUGAAUCCAUAUGUCCUUGGUUUCAUCAUCUUUGUUGUUGUUGGUUCAUAUCUAGAGAUGAAUACUAUUGUAAAGCAAUCAACUUCAACAUUGUACAGUGCAGCUGUAUCAUCAUCAUUGGGAUUCCGUUUUAUUGCUGGUGCAAUCAAAAAGAAUCAACCGAUCGUUAGAAGAACUACUUGCAUCUUGUCAAACGGUGCUACCAUCCCAAUCUAUACUUCAAUGCCAUACGCAGAGGUUUGGAGAUCAUCUAUCGAUAGUUAUAACACUAAACCAGAUCAUCAAUUCGACAGCAAGUCAGAGACCAAGAAAAAGAAACAAAUGAAGAGAGAUUCAAGAUUCCAAGAUUACAAAAACUAA